AUGUAUCUACAUUUAGUACUCAUAUAUCUCUCUUACGCAAUUGAUACUGGUAAAACAGAAACAACAACUUAUACAUGUAAUCCUAAUUCAGCCUGUGGUUGUUCAAAACAAAAUGCUAUACUCUCAAAAAUUGUUGGCGGUGAACAAGCUGUAUCAAAUAGUUGGGGAUGGGCUGUCUCGCUCAGAAUAUCGGGUUCUCAUGUAUGUGGUGCAAGUAUUUUAACUGAUUCUUAUGUGAUAACAGCUGCACAUUGUGCACUAGCAAUUACAUCUCUUCAAAGUGCAUCAAUUUAUGUUGGUAUUAAUACUUUAUCGCAAACAGAUCAAGUACGAACAAUUGCUCAAAUUUUUAUCCAUAUUAAUUAUAAUUCUAACACCUAUGAGAAUGAUAUUGCUUUAUUGCGUUUAUCUUCCCCAUUAGAUAUGUCAGAUACGGCACUCUCUAUCAUCUGUAUACCAGAUGUUACAACAACUUUAGCACAAGAAUAUCCACUACCGGGUACGUCCUUGGUCGCCAUCGGGUGGGGUGUACUCAGUUCGGGAAGUCGUACUGUGUCAUCGACGCUUCAACAAGUAACAUUAACAGUUAUAAAAAACACGGAUUCCAGUUGUAAGGGUGUAAUAUCGGAUACGUCCGAACAAUUUUGUGCAAGUGGCACAGGAAAAGAUACGUGUCAAGGUGAUAGUGGUGGUCCACUGAUGAUGUUUGUUCAGAGCAGUCAACAAUGGCAAUUAGUUGGUAUCACUAGUUACGGUGUAGGAUGUGCAUCGCCGAACUUUGCUGGUGUUUAUACUCGAGUGGCCAAUUACCAAGACUGGAUCGACUGUGUUCUGAGCCAGAAUAAUACUUUAUGUACAGCAUCUAUUAUUAAAUUAGGCACCUCAGCGGGUUUGUAUAUGAUAAAAAAAUAG